GUACCUUUAAAAGACCAGAUGAAUCAAACUGGAUUUGUUCUGAUGAUUAAUGAAGGAAACCAAUAUGAACCUAGAGUAUAUGAGAGUGAUAAAAAAAAAAUUGGUGAAGAUGAAAAAAUUUCCAGCUUUGUUCAGAAGUCCUCAGAAGUAAUGCUUAAAAUUAUUAAUGAAAACUUAACUUCUGAUAUCUUCAAAGAUGACUGGUUAGAACUUAGUGAAGAAGAAUUUCAGCCACCAAAAUUUUCUACUGAUCAUAUAAAAAUUUUUCAAUCUUUUACUUCUCUUAAAUAUAGUAUAAAGAAAAUGAUAAGUCAUAUUAGCUGGUAUCCCAUAAUUGAUGGCAUUAUUGUUGCUUCCUGUAUUAAAUCAUACAGUUUUUAUGAAAGAAUAGACAAAUUUGCUUAUUUCACUCUUCAACCCAGUUUGAUUCUGUUUUGGAGUUUCAUUGAUCCUAUAAAUCCAAAACUCUUGUUAGAAGCACCUGAUGAUGUUUUGAUCUUUCAAUUUAAUCCUACCAAUCCCAAUUUGGUAGCUGGAGGAUGUAUUAAUGGCCAACUUAUUUUAUGGGAUCUCACAUCGUAUCAAAAAGAAUUAAAAAAACUGACUGAGCCUCAGCAUCAGAUUAAAUCUCAAAUAUGUUCAAUAUAUGAAAAAGAAAUUCAAGAAGUGCCAAUUAUCAAGCAUGUUGCAUCAUCUGGCAUAGAUCAAGGACAUCUAUCAGACAUUUUAUAUCUAGAAUGGUUCCCAAAUAAUGUAGAGGUGAAGGAAAAUGGAAAUGUUUCUUGGAGCAAAUUAAAAUUUUCUGUGCAACUAAUGACUUCAGGUUCUGAUGGUUUCAUCAAGAUAUGGGAUAUUCGACCAGAGAAGAAAACUCACCAAGAUGAAUUGUUUUCUGUAGUUAAGGCUCACAUUAGCAUUUAUACUUCACUUGAUUUAACAUGGAGUCCAAUACAUUCAGUAAAACUUGCACCACCUGCUGAUAGUGCACAAAACAAUGUAUCUGUAUUUUCUUUUGAAAUUAAAGAAAAUUCAAAUGAUGAGAUAAGAAAAUCUGCUCCUCCUGCAUCAAAUUUUAUUGGUGGCAAUGUGAAUGGCGAUAUCUUUUAUGGUGACUGGAAAAUACCAUGUGAUGCCACUGGACAGCUAACUGAAUGUAUUUCACCAAUUUAUUUUGAAUGUAAAAUAGGAGGAUUUGUAAAUACAAUUCAACAUUCUCCUUUCAUACAAGAUGUAUAUUUAGUAGUAGGAGGAUGGAAAAUGGCAAUAUGGAAGUCAGAUAUACCAUAUGGUCCUUUGCUUGAAUCAUCAUGUGGGACUUGUGAAAGAACAGCCGGUCAUUGGUCACUAACCCGACCAGGAAUUAUAUUUAUUGGUCAAAGCAAUGGAAACAUAGAAGUAUGGGAUAUUUUACACCAAACUCACGAACCCAUUUUAAUUCAAAAUGUUUCUGCUAAUUUCAUAACUAAAAUUAAACCAAAAAUUAUGAAAGAUAAAUCUCAUGUGUUAGCUAUCAGUGAUGCAAAUGGAACUUUAUAUAUCAUGGACCUACCUUUAUCACUUUGGUCACCUGUACAAAAUGAGAUUUCAUUAGUAAAGACAUACUUUGAAAAAGAAAGUAUGAGAUUGAGAGAGAGACAAAAAAUGAAUCUAGAAAAAGCAGAAAUUCUCAGAAAAGAAAAAGAAUCAGAAGUUAUUACUAAAGCAUUAAUAGAGCAAGAUAAGAUUCCAGCUGAAAAAGAAAAGAUGCAAACAGAUGAAGAAACUCUCCUUGUUCAACAAUAUGAUGAAUAUUGUAAGCUUGAAACACAAUCUUUAAUGAUUUUAGGCGAAUCUUCUGUUUUUCCCACAGCCUCCUCUACACAUUUGUAAAUAAAUUGCAUUAAUAUUGCUUACAACUUAUGAUUCUUCAUUGGUAAUAUUUUUUGUAAUAUACAUAAUUGUUUAGAUUAUUUAUAAUAAUUCUGUAAUAAGAUUAAUAGUUUUAUUCAAUAAAUUAGUUUCUUGUUAUUGAGGAUCACCUUUCUUCAGUGUUUGAUAGUAGUCAGAAGAUUCUAUUGACCUGCAUUAUAAAUGUUCACCUGGUGCACUCAUACAGACCAAAACUUGCAUUAGUUAAAAAACAAAAUUUUACCAUAGAAAGUCAACUUAUGUGCUAACAGAAUGUUAAUUUAGAAAAAACUUUGAAUAAACUUAUCUUGUGAGUAUUAAAUGCAAACCUUUGUUAUAACUAAAACUUGUAUUUAGUGUUUAUUAAGUGGAACAAAAAUUUAAUAAUUACUAUUUUAUUGGAGAUGUUGAUUUUGGUUUCAAUAUUAAACUGAUGAUGUUCAGAGCUCUCUGGUAAAGAUUUGCCUCAUAAUAUUUCUACAAUGAUGGGGAAAAACUUUGUUCAUCUUAGCAGUUAAAUUUUGAAAUGUCAUGGUGCUCAUUUUGUAAUAAUUUUAUUCAACUAUAUAAUUUUAAUCAACUAUAAUUUUAUUCAAUUACAGAUGUUGCUUAAUUCCACAAGUAAUGCAUGAUCAGACACUACUACCAAAAUUCAUUAGGACAGUGUAGGUUACAUUUUAAAAAUGAGUUCACUGAACAUCAUACAAUAUGAAAUUAGACUAGGUGGACCAAGUAAGUGUAGCAAUGUGACAGAUAUUCCUGGGAAAUCUAGAUGUACUAUACCUUCCUGAAAAAUGCUAUUUACAGGCCUGCCAUGAAAAGGUUGAGGUAUUUCCUAAACUUACUGCAGUAAU